AUGGAACUCCCAUCUAUUGCCACACGAAGGGACCUGGAGUGCAUCCUAUCUGAUGAAACGGCAGAGCCCAUGGCCCUGCCACUGCCACUUCUGCAAGAUAUCACCGAUGAUUUCUCUAAAGAGCAUGAAAUUGGCAGAGGUGGGUUUACGGUGGUUUAUAAGGGAAAGCUUGGGAAUAGGAAUGUGGCAGUUCAGAGGUUUUCCAGUACGCAUAUCAUUGAAAACAUGUUCCAACAAGAACUUGAAUGUCUCCUGAAGGUGAAACACAAAAAUGUAGUACGGUUUCUAGGGUAUUGUGUUAACACACAGGGAUUUUUGGCAACCUACAAUGGAAAAAUGGUCAUGGUGGAUGUACCAGAACGGUUGCUCUGCUUCGAGUAUCUUCCUAAAGGGAGUCUUGAUAAGUAUAUCACUGAUACAUCUCACAAACUUCAGUGGACAGACUGCUUUCGAAUUAUCACAGGAAUUUGUCAGGGGUUAAAUUAUCUCCGUCAGAAAAACAUUGUCCACUUAGAUCUAAAGCCCACAAACAUACUUUUGGAUGAUAAGUUCGUGCCGAAAAUUACUGGUUUCACUUUAUCUAGGUGCGCUGUUGAAUCAGAAGACUGGGCUACUGCUUUAGUCUGUGGAACAUUUGCAUAUAUGCCACCAGAAUGGCAUGAUGCUACUAAAAUGACAUACCGGUAUGCGUACGAUCGUGAUAUGUACAGUGUUGGUGUAAUAAUCAUGGAGAUACUCACUGGAAAGAGGUGUUGUCAUCAUGACAUUGACAUGGUAGUUGAAAGUUGGAGUGACAUGGUGGAAAAAUCACAUAGCGACGUACAGAUGGAACAGGUACGCAUAUGUGCUGAGAUAGCAAUAGAGUGCAUCGACUUCAACCCGGCAAAGAGACCGGAUACACAAUAUAUAAUCAGUAGACUCGAUCAGAUAAAAACUAUGGGCGGAUAUGUCAAAACUGGCAUGAUUACUCGCACAUGGUAA